AUGACUGGAAGAAGCAGGGAGGUAGCAGAGACCAUGAAGCAGAGAAAAGUGAAAAUACUCUGUGUGCAAGAAGUAAUGUGGAGGGGCGGCGGAGUAAGGGAGAUCGGAGGUUAUAAGCUGUGCUACUCCGGAAGCAGAACGGGAAGAAACGGCGUGGGUAUCAUCCUCGAUGAAGAGCUCAAGCAAAGGGUGGUGGAAGUCCAAAGGCCCUCAGACAGGUUGAUGACAUUUAAGGUGCUAGCAAGAAAGAGUCUGAUUAACAUCGUGAGUGGUUACGCUCCACAGAUUGGCUGUGAAGAUCAAGAGAAGGAAGAAUUCAGAGAACAACUUGAACAAAGUGUUAGAGAGAUCCCUGAGGAAGAAGAAAUCAUCCUAGGAGCUGAUCUGAACUGGCAUAAGAGAGAUGAACAUCUAACAACAUACCGAAGUGGAGAUGGCAGUUCCCAGAUCGACUUCCUAGUGGUGAGGAAGAGAAUCCGUAAAUACGUGAAAGAUGCAAAAGUGAUUCCCGGUGAGGCAGUUGCUCACCAUAAAGACUGUUGGUUAUGGAUGGGACAUUCUCUAAGAAAAGGAAAGGAGAAACAACAGGGAAGAAGCUGCAGAAGUUCAAGGUGUGGAAACUAUGGGAAUGUGCAGGAGAAUACAGAAGAGAACGAAUGGGAAGAGCUAACGGAACUACCAGCAGUGGAAGGUCUGAUACAGCAAGUAAGCCUGCAGGAGGUGUCAGCCGUCCUCAAGAAGAUUGAAGAAGAACAAGUCAGCAGGCACAUCGGAGGUUGUGGUAGAGAUGUUGGAUGCCUUGGGGAGUGA